AUGCCGGCAGUACUCGAUCUUAGCAAGCCCGCCGCUCUCCCGCCCCCCGGGGUAACAGCCAACUUCGCGAACCCUCCAAACCAUGCCAUUUUUGCAUACUCGGUCGUCAGCACACUGCACCUUGAGGAUUAUAUAAUACCGUUUGCUUGGCUCGCCGCCAUCGGUCACUUUGCCGUCUCCUUAGUCAUAUUCGAUUUUGCUCCAUUGAUACACACUUGGGACGUAACACUUGAGACACUAAGCCAUUGGCUAUUCUACUUUCGCCUCAGUUCAAUUCUCUACAAUUUUAGCGUCCUCCUGAUCAAGUUCUCAAUGCUAGUCCAGGUACUUCGCGUCUUCGUUCCCCGCGGCUCGCAGUCCAAAACGUUCUACAUAAUCCACACCCUCAUCGUUACAAAUAUCAUUUUCUACAUCACCCUCAUCUUCAGCAUCAUUUUCAACUGUACACCGAUUGAGAAAGGCUGGAAGCCUUGGCUCAAAGGGACCUGUCUAUCCAUUACCAAUAUCGCAAUGGCACAGGCCAUCUUUAACCUGGUGAGCGAUUUAAUGAUCCUUACAAUCACGCAAAAAGUUAUUUGGGAGAUUGUGAGGGUCAAGAAGAGCGAGAGAAUUCGGUUAAGUGCGGUGUUCUUCGCUGGGAUAAUCCCAUGCGCCUUCUCUGGAAUGUGUCUCUACUACAACAAUAAAGAAAAAAAAGGCGUCGACCUGACCUACAACGCUGCGUUAAUGAGCAUGGCCUGCUAUGGAGAGAUUGUGUCCGGAAUGUUUGUCCUCUUCCUCCCUGUCCUCCCACGCUUCUUCUCCCAUAUCAAGGUGAAGCCACUAUUCCCAUCACUGUUCCGCUCGAAUACUCGAAGUGGUAACUCCCAAGACUUGGACUUUGUAGAUGUGGGUGUUGGGGCCAAGAGAGGAAGAAGCGUAUGGCAUAUUAGUUAUACGCAGAAGGAGGGGCGAACAGAGAGGGUACUGACGAAGGACUUUGGUGGUAGGAAUGCUAAGGAACUUGAUUUUGGGAAGAGUAAUGGGACAAAUAUGACAGAGACUGUGAGCUCGGUGUACUCGCAGGAUGAGAUUGUAGGACCGAAUGAUGGAUCCAAUUUGGUGGGUAAUACACCGCCCCCGAGGUUCGCAGACGGGAUGGUCCACCGGAUACCAACAAUCUAUGAUCUAUUCCCUCCUCUUUUGAUCCAGGCUGGUAAGAGAAGGUGGAUGAAAAAUCUGUUUGCAGUUACGGCGCUCUCUGAGGUCCACUACUACCUCGUCGCAUUCACUGACCACAGCUACCUACCCUACGAGUAG